AUGGAGGAGGCCGAAGGUGGGUGUAUUCACCUGGCGCGCCCUGCUGACCCACCAGAGCCGGCCCCGUCUCUUGUAGACCUCCUCCAGGCGACGGCCACGGAGCGGCGCGCGACCGCACCGGACCUGACGUCCGAGGCUGCAUCGAGCUACCUUGACCACUUGCUAUCCCUCCCUCUCAAAACAUUGCUAGCAGAGGCUUCUGUCAUCUCCAACGAAGCCGGUAGCGUCGAGAGCGAGCUCACCAACCUGUGCUAUCGCGAAUACCCGACGUUCAUCUCAGUCCACAACUGCUCUUCCGCUGUCACUUCGGCCUUUGACGACUUCUCCAGCAGCCUUGGCCGCCUGCUCGACGCUGUCCCUGCGCUCGAGGAAGAAUGCCGGACAUUUGUGCGCUCCACAUCUGGCGUGCAGAAUGCCCGUGCCAAGGCCGCUCUCGUCCAGGAGCAUCAGGACAAGCUGUUCGACCUGUUGGAGAUUCCGCAGCUCAUGGACACUUGUGUCCGCAACGGCUACUAUCAAGAGGCUCUCGAGCUGUCGGCACACACGCAGAGCUUGGUGAAACGCUACCCCAGUGUCGAGCUCGUCCAUGACGUUGCCAAGGAGGUCGACGGCGUCCUCCAGCUCAUGCUUGCCCAGCUCCUCGCCCUUCUCCGGGAACCCAUCAAGCUGCCUGCGCUGGUCAAGACUGUCGGCUACUUGCGCCGUCUGGGAACCAUCGAAGAGUCGGAGCUGUCACUCGUGUUCCUCAUUUCACGCCUGUCCAACUUCAAGGCGCACCUGGUGGCCCUCGAACGCGACCGCACAGACGCCGUGCGCUAUGUGCGCAAGUAUGUCGACCUCUUCCGCGAGCAUGUCUUUGACAUUGUGUCGCAAUUCUCGGCCAUCUUCCUCGAGGGCAACCCGUCGCCAUCGGCUGCUAGCCAGCUUUCGUCGUUUGUUGGACAGUGUGUCAAUGAGCUUGUCGCCUUGGUGUCGAGCUAUGUGCCCAAGAUGACCAACGACGCCGCAUCCUUGUCGUCGAUCCUGGUUCAGCUCGGAUACUGUUCGCUGGCCUUUGCGCGUGUCGGUCUCGACUUUUCGUCCCUCAUCGCCGAACCCUUCUCGGACGCUGUCCUGUUGGCCUUCUCACAAUCGCUUGGUGCUGCUUCGACCUCACUGUCAAAUACCUUGGCGCAUGCGGUCAAGUCUGCCGGCAGUCCCGCUCAAGUGCUCAUGGCGCAAGAGUACAUCGCCCCGCUCCUGGCUGCCGACUCGCCGCUUGACUUUAUCAAAUGGGAGGGCACAUUUGAGAACCUUCCCACCGAUCUCGCCCGCUUCCCCCCACUGGCCAUCCUCGUCAACGCCCACCUCUCCGCCCUCAACUCCCUUCGUCUUCUCGCCCCCCUGCAUCUGCAUCCGCAACUGUCUGCCGCCCAGGCUUCAGCGCUUGUGGCGAGCACCCACAGUGUCGCCCAGUACGUUCGCCAAACUGUCGCCCUUUCCGACCCAUUGGUCGGGUCUCCUAUCGACGGCGGCCGGAUGCACAAGCGCCAAAACUCGUCCAGCAAGGCUGCUUUGAUCCGCCGCAACUCGGAGGGCCAGCUUACACCCGAAGCGCGGACCGCCAAGCGCCGCGAGACGCAGUGGGUAUGCGUCGCCUUUGCCGACACUUGGGUCAAGGUCGUGUCCCCCUUGCUCAUCGACGCACUGGACAAUGGCGUGUACGAAGGUGCCCUGCCGUCUAACCAGGACGCCGAGCUGCGCGAGGCCCUCCACGCCAUCUCGUCUUGGGUCGAGGACCAGCUCGAGGACAAGCAGCCGUCUCCCGUCCCAAUUCUCAAGGCCGCUACUCGCCAGAAUGGCGGCUUGGGUCUCAACGCCAAGUCUACGCCCAACGGGUCUGGCGCUGCCACUCCGCACGCCGUUCCAGAGGAAGACGAGGCGGCCGAGGCAGUGUUCGUCCCCGAUUCGCCUGUCAAGGGCCUGCAGAAGCAAGUCACAGAGGAGCCAGAGGAGAUGGCCGCGGCGCCAGUGGAUGAGCAAGUGGCCAACGGCAUUGUCGACGAGUCGAGAGACGACGUCGAGGCUAUCGACGUUGUGGCUACGGAACCUGUCGUCUCAGCACCAGAGGCUACAGUAGAGGAACCAGCAGAGGAUGCGCCAAGGGAGAUCCUCACCCUCCCAGAACCAGAGCCUGUGGUUGAGACACCCGAGGUGGACUCUGUGGUGGCCGCGGAUGAACCCCCUGCUGCCAGUGACCUUCCUGUCCAACCGCCCCAGGCCGCCCUCGAUGCCGACCCCGUUGAGCCAACACCAACCCACGAGGCGGUUACCGAGACGCUCGAGACCCAGACUGUUCCAGACGUCGUCGAGGACCACGCGGGUGUGGAAGCUGGCCCCGCCGAUGUUGGUAUCGUUCCUACAGGCACUUCUGAGGAGCCCGAGUCACCCGGAACAGGAUCAGUACCACCCUCUGUUGAACGUGAAGAGCAGGUGGAGGCCCCCGCACCCACCUCAACGGAGGCAGAGGAACCCAUCCCCCAGGAGCCCAUCCCCCAGGAGCCCCUUGCUCCUGCACCGGUGGAGGAGGUGGCCGAACCUGUUUCUGAGCCUCCUGCUGCCAUCGAGGCGGCCACUCCAUCUAGUGACGAAGUGGUAGUCCCCAAGAAUGAGCCAGAGGAGACGAACGACGACGAGCCCGCUGUCGUAGAGCCACCAUCACCAACAUCAGACGCGCAGCCGGAAGCCCUGGCGCUGGAACCGGAAGCAAAGGAGCCGGAGCCGCAACCUGCCGAGCUCACGACGCCUGUCAACAUUGACGACAACAGUCAACAGCAAGUUGAACGUGACGCCACCGCAGCCGCACCUGUCGCACCAACCAGCGACAACAACGCUGAGACUGCGGGACCGGCCGACGCGGACGAGACUGAGGAGCACGAGGCCAUUGUCCAGCUUUCUUCUCAACCUGAAACCGGCCCAGCAGAAGGGGCCGUGCGCGACACACCACCCAGUUUGGUGCCUGACGACGCGACUGCAACCCCCUCCGACGACACCGGCUUCAUUGUGCCUGACGUUCCAGUGCCAGGCGUGGACGCUGCUGUGGCGUCCAGCAUCGUCCCAGCAGCGUUGGACACGCUCCCAUCCGACGUGCCCGGCGAGGACACAACACCGGAAGCGAGCCAGGACAAGGACCAGGAGGAGCCGGCGGACACCAGCAAGAACAAGGUUGGCGGCGACGCGUCGGAUGUUGAUGACCGCGUCGUGCGCGUUCCAGCAGCAGUGGCGGACGCGUCGUCUGUCCCUGUGGAUGUGGAUGUGGAUGUGGGUGGUGCGGACGAGGACACGCCGACAGACAUCGAGACGCCCACGCCUGCCGACAGCGCAGCCAACUCGCGCGCUCCUUCGCCCACGCCCGCGCCCGGCUCCGCAGUGCCCAGUACCAGUGGCGGCGGCGGUGGUGCCAAGAAGAAGAAGAAGAACAAAAAGGGCAAGAAGAAGUAG